CUAGUGGUGAUGAUGAGGAGGAUGUUGUGAAGGCAGGUUGUAGCUGACCGAGCCACCCGUUCAUCGAGCAGGGAGGCGGACGCUCACAUCGCAUCGUUUGUUUUGCUGUGAGGGUGAAUUAGAAGUCCCUCUUCUGAAACCGUUCGAUGUUCCCAAUGAUAACCCUUAUUCCCAAAGAAAGACAACGGAAUAGGGAUCAACACCGCCGACUGCCUUCCUGCGUGACGGAGGAGGGCACCCACCACCCAGGCCGACGGCAGCAGCUGGCUCCGCAGCGAACGUUAGCGGCUAACCAGCUAUUGUAAGCAGGUUUGACUCUGUUUCAUGGAACCAUCAUGAUGAUAAUCAAGAUACUGCGUUGCAACGUUACAGCCAAUUUUUCCUAGUUGUAAUGAAAAAGCAGCACUGACUGAAGAGGAAACAUAAAUCCUGGAUGCCGUGACGUACGGGACGUGGUCAAUCCAAGAUGGAGAAAAAGAAAAUGUGCCCUCGCCUGCUCGACUACUUGGUCGUGGUUGGAGCAAGGCAACCGAGCAGUGACAGUGUAGCCCAGACACCUCAGCUCCUCCGCCGCUACCCGCUGGAGGACCACCAUGACUUCCCCCUUCCACCAGACGUCGUGUUUUUCUGCCAACCAGAGGGCUGUCUGAGUAUACGCCAGCGUAGGGUUAGCCUCCGUGACGACUCCUCGUUUGUUUUCACGCUGACUGACAAGGACUCAGGAAUCACCCGAUACGGAAUCUGUGUCAACUUCUACCGAUCUUUCCAGCGAGGACAUCACCGUGCUCGUGGGGACAAGAGUGGACACACAGAGACAGCAGCACAGGCACCCAGUGAAGGGUCCGAUGGCAGCGGUGGAGGCCCACCCUCCUCAAAAUCUCCAGCUAAAAAUGCUGAGUCAGCACCUCCGCCUGCCACAGGAGAGGAGAGUGGACAACCAGGGGCUGAGCUAAAUGCUGGCAAAUCCCCACAGCACAGAAAAAAUGCUGCUAAGAUGGCAGCCAGGAACCGCAACAGCACACUGACCUCACUGUGCAUACUCAGCCACUACCCCUUCUUCUCCACCUUUAGGGAAUGCUUAUAUAUUCUCAAGAGGCUGGUGGACUGCUGCAGUCAGAGGCUAACCCAACGAGCUGGGCUCCCUCGUGCCACUCAGAGGGACACCAUGUGGCGGGUGUUUACAGGGGCUCUGUCAGUGGAAGAGAAAGGCAGCCAGCUGCUGGCCGACCUGCGAGAGAUUGAAUCCUGGGUGUACCGGUUGUUGCGGUCACCGGUACCAUUGGCAGGUCAGAGGCGUGUGGAUGUCGAAGUCCUGCCCCAAGAUCUGAAACGAGCACUCACCUUUGCCCUACCUGACAACUCUCGCUUCGCCAUGGUCGACUUCCCCCUGCACCUGCCCCUAGAGCUGCUGGGUGUGGACGCCUGUCUGCAGGUCCUCAGCUGUGUCCUGCUAGAGCACAAGGUCAUUCUUCAAUCCAGAGAUUACAAUGCUUUGUCUAUGAGCGUCAUGGCCUUUGUGGCGAUGAUCUACCCUCUGGAGUACAUGUUCCCCGUCAUCCCCUUACUGCCAACAUGCAUGGCCUCUGCUGAACAGCUCCUUCUUGCCCCAACUCCUUACAUAAUAGGUGUUCCGGCCAGCUUCUUCCUCUACAAAUCUGAUUUCAAAAUGCCAGAUGAUGUGUGGCUUGUGGACCUUGACAGCAGUAAGGUUGUAGCGCCCACCAAUGCAGAGCUUCUACCACCUCUCCCAGAGCCUGAGGCAGGCGAGCUGAAGAAACAUCUGAAACAGUGUCUGGUUAGGUUGACCGUGAUCACCCAAAAGCAGAUCUUCUCCUCUGAAAAUAAGGCCCUGGCCAGUAUGAGCUUGAAUACCCAGCCCAUUCUGAACUUUGAGAAGUUUCAGGAAGGCCAAGAGUUACCUCUGCUCCCACCUGGAAGAGACAAAGCGUCACCGUCCUCCACAGAGUUCAACCCUCUUAUUUACGGCAAUGACGUUGAUUCUGUGGAUGUAGCCACCAGGGUUGCCAUGGUGCGCUUCUUCAACUCUGCCAAUGUUCUCCAAGGGUUCCAGAUGCACACCCGCACAUUGCGCCUCUUCCCCCGGCCUGUGGUGGCUUUCCAGUCAUCUUCUUUUCUUGCGUCUCGUCCCCGACGAUCUGGCUUUGCAGAUAAACUUUCUCACACCCAGGCGGUGGAAUUCUAUGGAGAAUGGGCUCUCAACCCUUCCAACCUGGCCUUUCAGAGGAUACACAACAAUGUGUUUGACCCCUCCUUAAUAGGAGACAAACCUAAGUGGUAUGCUCACCAGUUACAGCCAGUGGUCUACAGAGUUUAUGAUGGAAGCUCUCAGCUUGUCGAAGCUAUGGCUGGUCCUUUGGAGGAUGAAGGCAACGAGUCUGACCCCACAGACAGUGGCAGUGACAGCGAGGCGUAUGAUGACUCCAGCUCGUCAUAUUCAUCACUCGGAGACCUUGUGAGUGAGAUGAUCCAAGGGGAUAUCCAGGGAGACACGCCGAGCUUGGACCCACCAACCCAUGCUGCCUUGGGAGACGCUAGUGAGGUCGAAUUUAAUGACUUUGAGGACUUCAGGGAAGGUCACGGCCCAUCAAGUGGGGAUGGUCCCGCAGAACCUUCGGAUGGACAGCCUCUUCGCUCGAGCUCCAGCACAACUGCAAGCUCAAGCCCCAGCACAAUAAUCCAGGGAAUCAACCAUGAGGGGGAGAUACCUGAAAUGGAAGCUUCAGUGAGUGCAGCUUUACAGAACCCCGCCCCGGCUUUGGGCAGUCAGCCGUUUCUCAGACCUGCUGCUGACUCCGGGCUGGCGGACCAAUCCAACAAAAAGCAGGAGUAUGAUAACCCCUACUUUGAGCCUCAGUAUGGCUUCCCCUCAGAGGAUGAUCCUGAUGCAGAGGAGCAAGUGGAGUCAUACACCCCUCGAUUCAACCAGAACCUCAAUGGCAACAAGGUGCAGCGUCCUUUACGUCCCAGCAGCCUGAGACUUCCAGGGGAGUCUGACGGGGAGGGAGACUCCCGCAACAGCUCACCGAACUCCACCAUCUCCAACAGCAGUAACGAUGGACUUGGAGGACUCAUGUCCUUUGCCAGCAACCUUUACAAGAACCAUGGUACCAGUUUUAGCCUGUCCAAUCUGGCUCUCCCCAACAAGGCAGCGAGGGAAAAAGCAACACCAUUCCCCAGUUUGAAAGUAUUUGGGCUAAAUUCUCUAAUGGAGAUAAUUACAGAGGCCGGCCCGGGGAGCGGAGAAGGGGCACGUGCACCUCGAGCACUUGUCGACCAGAAGUCUUCAGUAAUCAAGCACAGUCCAACAGUGAAGAGAGAAUCGCCCUCUCCUCAGGGUCGGGUCAACAACACCAGUGAGAACCAGCAGUUCUUAAAGGAGGUGGUGCAGAGCGUUCUGGAUGGCCAGGGAGUCGGCUGGCUCAACAUGAAGAAAGUGCGCCGCCUGCUGGAGAACGAGCAGCUUCGCGUCUUUGUGCUGUCUAAGCUGAACAGAGCUGUUCAGUCCGAGGAAGACGCCAGGCAGGAGAUCAUACGUGACGUGGAAGUGAGCAGGAAAGUGUACAAAGGCAUGCUGGACAUCUUGAAGUGCACAGUUUCCAGUCUGGAACAUUCCUACACUAACGCAGGCCUUGGAGGAAUGGCCAGUGUCUUCAGCUUAUUGGAAAUCGCUCGUACACAUUACCAAACCAAAGACCCAGAAAAGCGCAAGCGAAGCCCAUCAGACAGUGCUGGCAGCCCGGGGAGCAAAGAGAGUCCUUCUGGUCGUAUGGAGACCGCCAGACCUCAGGGCUUCCUGAAUGUUCCCCACCUGCAGCUGCCGCACCACACAACGGGCAAAGGAGCCCGCCAUUUUGACACCCGGAGUCUGAACGAGGAGAACUUUAUUGCCUCGAUUGAAUUGUGGAGCAAGCACCAGGAUAAGCAAAAAGCUAUGGAAAAACCACAGAGGUCUGAAGGAGCAAAGCAGCAGCGUCCCCAGGUGACUGAUGCAGAGGAGAAGAAGUCUCAGAUCAGUGCUGACAGCGGCCUCAGUGUCACAUCUGGAUCUCAGAAGAGCGACACAGAGUCUGUAACAAGCUCGGAGCCUCCGGUGCUGACGAGGAGCACCAGCCAGGACUCUGAGGCCAGCACAGUGAUAAGCAACAGCUCUGGAGAGACUCUUGGAGCUGACAGUGACCUGAGCAGCACAGCAGGAGACGGCCUCGGUGGGAGGGUUGCUCCACAUUUAAAUCAGUCCAGAGGGACUCUUUCUGACAGCGAGAUUGAAACUAAUCCUGCUACAAGCACAGUGUUUGGAAAAACCCACACUCUAAAACCAGGAGCUAAAGACCAUGCACAUGGGAUGGCCAAGGGACCGCCUGCACAGCCCAUGGAGGACAUCAGUAUGAGGAUUUACCUCUGUGAAGGCCUGCUAGGCCGAGAUAAGAGCUCCGUUUGGGAUCAACUAGAGGAUGCUGCCAUGGAAACCUUUUCUCUAAGUAAGGAGCGCUCCACGCUGUGGGACCAGCUGCAGUUCUGGGAGGACGCCUUUUUAGACGCUGUGAUGUUGGAGCGUGAGAGCAUGGGAAUGGACCAGGGACCUCAGGAGAUGAUUGAAAGAUAUUUGUCACUAGGGGAACAUGAUCGCAAGCGUCUGGAGGAUGAUGAAGACAGACUGCUGGCCACCCUGCUGCAUAACAUGAUUGCAUACAUGCUGAUGAUGAAAUUGAACAAAAAUGACAUCAGGAAGAAGGUGAGGCGUCUGAUGGGGAAGUCUCACAUCGGCCUGACAUACAGCCAAGAGAUCAAUGAGACACUGGACAAACUGGCCCAGAUGAACGGACGUGAGCUUGCCAUCAGGCCCAGUGGAAGCCGUCACAUCAAGAAGCAAACAUUUGUUGUUCACGCCGGCACUGAUACCACAGGAGACAUCUUUUUCAUGGAGGUUUGUGAUGAUUGUAUAGUUCUGCGCAGCAACAUCGGCACAGUUUAUGAGCGCUGGUGGUACGAAAAGCUCAUCAAUAUGACGUACUGCCCCAAGACCAAGGUGUUGUGUCUCUGGAGACGCAACGGCCAAGAAACACAGCUCAACAAGUUCUAUACCAAAAAGUGUCGUGAACUUUAUUACUGUGUUAAAGACAGUAUGGAAAGAGCUGCAGCAAGACAGCAAAGCAUCAAACCAGGCCCAGAGCUGGGUGGAGAGUUCCCGGUCCAGGACAUGAAAACUGGUGAAGGUGGACUGCUGCAGGUCACACUGGAAGGAAUCAACCUUAAAUUCAUGCACAGCCAGGUUUUCAUAGAGCUGAGUCACAUUAAAAAGUGCAAUACAGUGAAGGGAGUCUUUGUCCUGGAGGAAUUUGUUCCUGAAACUAAAGAAGUGGUGAUCCACAAGUACAAGACACCCAUGGCACAUCAGAUCUGUUACUCCGUCCUCUGCCUUUUCUCCUACGUGGCUGCUGUGAAGGGGAAGGAGGCGGAAGGAAAACCCAAGAUCCUGUCGCCGAGACCCCUUCCGAGCUAGUCCACGUCGUGCAUCCUCGCCCCCCUUCCAUCUGUCCCCCUCUUCGGUGUGCCUCUCUACUUGAAACAGCAUCUCAGCUCUGAAACCACAGACUUCUGACAAUCCCUAACUUUAGUCUAAGCACAUGACCCCGCUCCCUCCUCCUGUACAUACGAGCCUGAGACCCUUUUUAGUCCCUGUUGUGUAACGUGUUUGGUCUGUGAUGUCGUGUAAAUACUUCUUCAUGGCUGUCGUCCUGAUGAUCAUACCAUCUAGAUUAAUGUUUGCCUGCUCCUUAAAGCGUGAGGAGCCGCUCCCCUCCAGCUCCUCUCUGUCUUCUGUUGUUCCCGCUGCCAAGACACAAAUGUUUUUACUGAUAGGAGAUGUGAGGGAUCCCCCCCGAGGCACACAGUGCAUGCAGGUCCCGUGCACAGCCUUGAAACGUCACUACAGAGUAGAGCCCCCCCUUCCCUCCCUCAUAUUCGUCUCCAUCUGAGUGUGCGAGUUGUUCCGUGAUCCGUGCUUACUGUAAAGUUCCAGUCUGUCCAAGUUGAAACAUCCAGAGACCCUCUCCUUGUGCAGGACGUCCCAUCAUGAAAAAAGCUACUGUACACUGCACCAGAGCACCGCAUGUAAACGCUUCUUUAAAGUGUUUGAACCCCAAAAUAAUGUGAGUGUUCUCUGAAUUACUGUUCUAGUUCUGCUGUACAAUUCCUGUCUGUGCUCUGCUGUUCUAAAUGCAUGUUACUAUAAUAAGGAAAAAUAAAUAUUAUAUAUAUUUCUAUAUAUAGUAUUUAUUUAAUAUAUACAUAUAUUGACUGUACAUUUCUCUGGAAAAAUAAUGUUACAAACUGUUGAUUUGCUAGAUGUGCAAUACUAAGUAGUUAGCCAUUGCCAGAGCCAGGUUUUCUUUAAGUUAACCGGCGUCCACAGGGUGAAGAAUGUAAGAACGUUUCAUUUUCGUAGUCUGUUUUAUCCAAGUAAAAAUGAUGACUUCAGUCUGA